AUGAGAUUAAACGAUUUAGUUUCUGAUGAAACUGACGCUGAUACUAUUCGUGGUGAUUCUUCAGAUGGGUCGGCAUAUUGUGAUAGCAAUAACAAAAGAAAGCGAGGAGGACGGUCGGAAGAUGGAUUUGAUAGUUCCUCGAGUUCAGGAUUGUCUGAGCCUCCAAGUGAUUCUUCUGACACAGAUUAUGAGCAACCAAGGAAAUCAAAAUCGACAUUAAAUUCCACGAUUAGAAAUAAUCUAAAGUCUAAUAAUAACGCCGUCAUGAAUCAUCAUCAACAACCACCUUCAGUAAUUAAAAGGGGACGAGGAAGACCGAAAAAAGAUCAAAGCAUAACAAUAGUACAUGUCAGUAAAGCUACUCGUGGACAUCGUGGACGAAUACCAAAGCCAAAACCUGCUCCAAUAAGGAUCCCUUCUAAAAUAGGUCGGGUCAGGCGGAAAAGUUUUGACCCUCGUGACGUGAUGGCCACUGAUAGAGCUGGUCAAACUAAUUUACACAUUGCAUGUCAGCAGAAUAAUUUAGAGGCCGUUAAAGAUUUAAUUUCCAGAGGGGCAGACAUCAAUGCUCAGGACAAUAGUGAUUGGACUCCACUGCACGAGGCAGCGUAUGCUGGGCAUAUAGAAAUAGUAGAUUAUUUACUGGAGAAUGGUGCACGAGUUAAUGCUGUGGAUCAAGAAGGGGACACGCCUCUUCAUGAUGCUUGUUAUCAGGAACACUCAAAAGUGGUGAAAUUAUUAUUAGAAUAUGGUGCAGAUGUUGAGAAGAGAAAUGACAAAAAUAAGAAACCGGAUGAACUUACCUCAACAAAGGAGAUAUUAAAUUUAAUACAUACGCCAGUGAAUUUCCCUAAAAGCCCAAAAAUAAAAAAUAUACAGCCUCCAAUCACUCCAAGUCUGACUUUAGCGUUUGACUCAUUACAAACAAAUGAACCGAAUUCACCUAUCACAAAAAAGCCCACGAGAGCAAAGAGUUCCCGUGAAGAUUUACCAAAAGGGCGUUCUUCCACACGGAAUCAACGUGCAUCUGUUCCAAAUGAUGCUCUCCGCUUAGAACCUCGAUUCAAAGAUAAAGAAACUGGGCGAACACAUCUUCACAACCAUGCGAAAAAGGGACGUGUUCAAGAAAUCAGUUUAUUAUUAGAAACUUAUGCGAAUCCAAACGCUGCUGAUUUCGAAGGGCGGACACCACUUCAUGAUGCGGCUUUUGAAGGACAUUUAGACGCUAUAACCGUCCUUUUGGCUUUUCAAGGAAAUCCAAAUGCAAAGGAUAAAAUAAAUAAAAAUACGCCGCUUCACGAAGCAGCUCGUAAAGGUCAUGCUCAAAUUGUGGAGUUGCUAAUUCAGAAUGGAGCUGAUCCUGAUGCAAUUAAUGAAUUAGGAAAAACUCCUUUCAAUUUGUCUAAAAAUGAAGAAGUAAGAAAUAUAUUAAGGCGCGUUUACACUGAACGGGGAAUUCCAUAUGAAGAUGACAUUGAAUCGAUCACGCACUCAUCUCCAAUGUAUACGGAUGAAUUGGAAUCGCCAAUUUCACCAAAGUCGCCGGUUUUGGACAUUGUAUAUAGUAAUUCAAAAUCAAAUAAUAGUAUUAACGGAAAAAGUUAUGGCAACGGACAUCUUCAUCAUAUCAGCGGAAUUGAAAACUUCAAACUUACAUCAUCGCCAGAAGAAAUAAAAUUAGAAUUUUCGUCAACCCCUGAUCAUAAAAUAAAUGGGAAGUCUGGGCCAGAAGAAAAUUUUCUUGCGUCACCACCUCGUUCGUUAACCCCCACUCGAAUCGCAAAUACAAGAACCACGAUAACGAGGUUUAAUUUACCACCGCCUGGUUCUGAUUUUUCUGCAAAACCAUCAUUACUACCAUCACCAUCUUUUACUACAACAAAUGGAACUAAUGGCAAUAUAUCAUCUAGUCAUGAACCAGUGUCAUCAUCAAGGUCGACUCCCAGCUCACCCAAAGAACCAUCGGCGACAUCAAGAUUGGCUAACUUUGCUUUGCCUAUAAAGUUUCAACGGAAAUUGGCCAAUGCAUGUAUAGUGCAGCGGGAGGAAUAA